AUGGGUGGGCAUGGCAGUAUGAACCCCAAUGCGCAGAUUACCACCCGUGACGCAGCAGGCAAUAUGGCCCGUGCGCGCUACCGCUGUCACAUCGAGUCAAGCGGUGGCAUGAAGCUGGAGAUGCUCGUGCGCGUGCAGAUGGGAUGGAUCUCGCCCCGGGUGGUCUUCUCGCAGAUCCCAUACGUAAUCCACCUCGGCAAAGGCAUCGACGUCAGCAUCCCUUUCGUGCUUCACUUCACCAUGGUCUCCCUGCUGGACGAGCACGGCGACAACACCGGCAGCUUCUUGUACUUCAGUGGGACCCCUAUGCUAGGCUUCUCUUCGGGCUUUAGCCGCAUCAAGGGAGGCAAGAUGGUGCUCAACCCCACCAAGGUGGUGGACCCGUACGUGGAGGUGUUCGACUUUAUCGGGCACGUUCACUAUCGUCAGAUGGGCUUCGUGCUCUUCAAAUGCCUUGGCUACCUGCUCUGCUUCCUGGCCUGCAUUCCCGCGACACAGCGCAUGCUGCAGUGCGUCCUGCCCGAUCCAUUCCACCGACACAGCGAAAAGCCCCUGUAA